AACCAUAGAUAAUAGAUAUACAAAGGGUCUUAAACAAUCUUUAAUUAGCAAAGACAGAAAAGUCAGUUAAAAUUGUUCCAUAUCGAUUAUUUAUAAAGUAUCUCUAUAUUUGUUGUAAUUAAUAUAGAGACGCGAUAACGUUCUGCAGUACAGCAUUUAAAUAAAACUGUGUGACUAUUUCGCUGUACCUGUAACAGUAACAGGUAGACGAAAAGAAAGAUUUAUCCAAUCAAAAGUUAUCAGAAGAAGGUAGUCAUCUUUCGCAUUCGUCAUCAUGAGUACUGAUAUGGUAGAUAUGUCCGAUUCUAAAGAGAGAAUGUUUGGUGGUUGUGAAGGACCGGACGCAAUGUAUGUUAAACUCAUUUCAUCUGAUGGACAUGAGUUUAUAAUUAAGAGAGAACAUGCUCUUACUUCAGGAACAAUUAAGGCAAUGUUAAGUGGUCCUGGUCAGUUUGCAGAAAAUGAGGCAAAUGAAGUAAACUUCAGGGAAAUACCUUCGCAUGUACUCCAGAAAGUAUGUAUGUACUUCACAUAUAAAGUUCGUUAUACAAAUAGUUCAACAGAAAUACCAGAGUUCCCUAUAGCUCCAGAGAUUGCUCUAGAACUUCUGAUGGCUGCUAAUUUUUUAGACUGUUAAUGUUUUUCAAAUAAUUUUGAGCACAGCUUCAGGAACAGUUAUCUCAUCAUUUUUUUUUGUAUUAGCAUAAAACUGGCUAAUUUAAUGUCAUUGCUUAAGAAGGAUAAGACAACAAAAAUAUUAAAUACAUUGUUUUGCUUAUUUUAGUGUAAAUAAAGAAUACCCGAACCAGUUGCUCA